AUGGGCCCCCUCCUCCUCGCCGCCGUCGCCGCCGCGCCCCGAGCCUCGCUGCGGCUCCUCGGCAGCGGGCUCGCCACCAUGUCUACCGCAGGGCCCCUCAAAUCCGUGGACUACGAGGUGUUCGGGAGAGUGCAGGGUGUCUGCUUCAGAAUGUACACAGAAGGUGAGGCUAAGAAAAUAGGAGUGGUUGGCUGGGUGAAGAACACCAGCAAAGGCACUGUGACAGGCCAAGUGCAAGGCCCUGAGGAGAAAGUCAAUUCCAUGAAGUCCUGGCUGAGCAAGGUUGGAAGUCCUAGUUCUCGUAUUGACCACACGGACUUUUCUAAUGAAAAAACCAUCUCCAAACUUGAAUAUUCUAACUUUAGUAUUCGAUACUAAUAGAAAUAAAAAUUAUGUUUAUACUGCACAAUAGACACUUUAUUCUUAAAUCUAUAUACUACGGUAAUAAUAGCAGAGUAGGGUAAAAAUAGGAACUCUGUUCUGAAAGCUAUAAUACUAUAGUUUUAUUUAACUAUGUUUUUAACAAGCAAACACUAGUAUCCUAAAAUUAAAAAUGUCAUUACAAAAUAUUUAAUACGGAUAUUUAAUUUAAACUUGUCUCAUUGAAACUAAUUCUAAUGAAUGCUAUAGCAUACAUGUUAUCUGGC